AUGUCCGGUUCAAGUGACAGUUCACAUGAUACCACCGUUAAGGAUAUAACUGAGGAUGAGCAGUUCUUGAGGAUAAGAAGGCUGAACGACAACAACCAUGGGAAGAGGAAGUCUUUGCAUGAGGAACAGUUGGAGGAUGCUGUUCUCGAUGAACUUGGAUCUCCGGACGUUCUUUUCAACACGGUCCAGCCUAACGACACGGUUAUCUUUAAGACUAGAACCACCUCCGAACAAGGCGACAAACAUCUGCAUGUUUUCAUGCAGAAAUUGAAGGUGAAGGAAAAGAACAGAUAUAAGAAGGAUACGAAUGAAAUGCAGUCCAUGACACGAGAUGUAGACUGGGGCUCUAGAGGUAGUAUCAUGGAUGAGAUGGUCAACAAUCCGCUUAGAUCUCAUUUCAAUGGGCCAGCAAUAGACGAGAAAUAUUCUAGAGUAAAGGCAACAGCCAGAUCAAAUACGGUGAGGAUAGAUGACAAUAAUACUAUUGAAAUUGCAAAUGAAACUAUAGCAACAGACUUUUCUGGAUUCUAUGUCUUAUUUUGGAUGGCAGUUGCGUUCACCAUCUGCAAAGUGACAUUACAAUAUUACGAGGAACAUGGUGAUUUUUCACAGUCAAUUAUCUUGCGAUACAUGACCAUGAAUCUUUGGAAAGUUGCGUUAUAUGAUAUCGCAAUGUACCUGACUAGUUAUUUUGCAUUCGUCAUACAAUAUUUGUGCAGAAAAAAUGUCAUCAGUUGGAGACGUACAGGGAGAGAUAUUAUUUCAGUUUAUGAGGUGGUAUUUCUAUUCUCCAAUAUCUACUUACCAAAAAAGACCUUCCAUUUCAACUGGAUCGCCCAAAUAUUUUUAUUUUUACAUUCAUUGGUCUAUUUGAUGAAGAUACAUUCUUAUUCCUUCUAUAAUGGUUAUUUGUGGGAUAUUUCAUCAGAGUUGGAUUAUGCAACAUCUACCCUAAAGAAACUGAAAAAACUCAGUUCUCCACAACCAGAACUUGAUAUAUUGCAAAAGUCAAUAGAUUUUUGUGAGUUUGAGAUAAGAUCUCAAUCAUCAACGGUCAGGUUCCCAUUUAAUGUCUCAGUGAAGAACUUUUUCGAGUUUUCUUCGUUCCCAACGCUUGUAUAUCAGAUAGAAUACCCACGCACAAAACGUAUAAGAUGGUUUUACGUUUUUGAGAAAUGUUGCGCGAUCUUUGGUAUCAUCUUUGUCAUGAUGGUUGUUGCACAACAAUUCAUGCUGCCUGUUAUUUUGAAAGCUAAAAUUUUGGCAGAUGCCAACCUCACAUUAUGGGAAAAGAACCUGGUAUGGCCGAAGCUCUUGUUGGACUUGGCACCAGGUUUUAUUAUGAUGUUUUUGUUGGUCUGGUAUUUGAUUUGGGAUGCAAUUUUAAACUGUGUGGCCGAAUUGUCCUGUUUUGCAGACCACCAUUUCUACUCUGAUUGGUGGAACUGUUGCUCCUGGUAUGAUUUUAGCAGAUUGUGGAAUCGUCCGGUGCAUAGCUUUUUAUUGAGACAUGUAUAUCACAGUUCGAUUAGUGCGUAUCACAUGAGUAAAGUUCAAGCCACCUUAUUCACAUUUUUAUUAAGUUCUGUGUUUCACGAGCUAGCCAUGUUUGUUCUUUUCAACAAGUUCCGUGGUUAUAUCAUUAUCCUGCAAAUGUCACAAAUUCCAUUUACAGCUUUAUCAAACAUUCCAUUGCUCAGAGAUAAGAAACUAUUUAAUAAUGUUACCUUCUGGAUUGGGAUUUGUUUAGGACCAAGUAUGACUGGUUUGCUGUACUUGAUCUUUUAA